AUGAAUGCCGAGUCGCCAUCCCAACUGGUGCAGAACUACCACCUUGACUGCCAGGCUGCUGUCAACAAACAGAUCAACCUGGAGCUCUACGCCUCCUACACGUACCUGUCCAUGGCCUUCUGCUUCGACAAGAAUGAUGUGGCCUUGAAGCACUUCAGCCAGUUCUUCCUGCGCCAGUCCCGUGAGAAGGGCGAGCGUGCUGAGAGGCUGAUAAAACUGCAGAAACAGCGCAGCGGCCACCUCAACCUCCGCAACAUCAGGAAGCCUGGCCACGACGACUGGGAGAACGGCGUGACGGCCAUGGAGUACGCCUUGAGCCUGGAAAAGUGGGUUAACCACAGCCUGCUAGAUCUGCACCGCCUGGCCACCGACAAGGGCGAUGCGCACCUGUGUGAUUUCCUGGAGCGUCACUAUCUGCACGAGCAAGUCAGGUCCAUCAAAGAGCUGGGGGACCAUAUCAGCAUCCUGCGCAAGAUGGGAGCCCCAGAAGCUGGCCUGGCCGAGUACCUGUUUGAUAAGCUCACCCUGGGCAGCAGCGACAAGAACUGA